AACUUAUUGCUAGUUUCUUCCCUACCCUCUUUACCUUCUGUUCAAAUUCCUUUUCAAACAGAAGCCCUCCCCUUCUCUCACUCCCUUUGUGGUCGGUCUCUGGUCACUCAUGUUCUAAUCGCAUUUGUGAACUACAGAUAGCAGAUCAACUUUCUUUUGGACAUACUCUGUUUAUUACCUAGGCAAGUCAAGCUCUUUUGUCCUGGACACAGCAAGAUUUUCUUUCCUGAGGGCACAGAUGCAGUGGGAAGGUGUAAAAGAUUAGUAAUGAGUUAAAAGACAGUUAUUUGUUUACUUCUUGCCAAAAUGGGGACCAGUACGAGCCUAAUUCUUGGUGUGGUGAACUUGCUGCUCUUUCUUCGGACAUGUGUAAGCACACAGCAUUGUCCAGCCGGAAUAAUUCCUCCAGAACUGGACAGUCCUGAGUCCUGGUCUGUCCAUAAACCUCCAUUUGACACAGGUUUUAUGUCAUCUAUCGUCCAUUCCUUUUUGAGCUCUGUCCAACCCAACCCUUUCCCUAAAGAUCUUUUCAUUCAAAUUCUGAACACUAAGAACAUCACAGGUACCACAACACUAAAUGAGGUUUUGCGCUAUGAGGUGGGAUUUCUGGUGUGUGUGGCCAUUGGGAUUCUGUACAUCGUCCUCAUGCCCUUAAUUGGCCUGUGUUUCGCUUGCUGCCGUUGCUGUGGGAAUUGUGGGGGCUACAUGUACCAAAAGCAGACCAGUAGCAUCAACUGCAGACGACGGAGCUUUUACUGGGUUACUUUUCUAAUCACCCUCCUUAUAUUUGCAGGGAAUAUUUGUAUGUUCUUAAGCAAUAACCACACCCACGAGAGUGUGAGGUCUGCGCCAGGUGAAUUCAACACUACCUUAAAAAAUCUACAAAGCUACAUCUCCAAUAUUCCCAAGCAAAUAGACCAAGUGUUGAGUGAGAGCUUUGUAGUUGUGGAUAAUGUUACAUAUAACAUUAAAGAAAUUGGCCCUUUGCUUGGCAGAGACAUCCAAGGAGGAAUAGAAGGCGCUAUGAUGCCGGCCCUGGACUCUGCUGCGGUGAUGGCACAAGUUGUUCAAAACACCAGUGUGUUGCUGUACACAUUGAACACAACUCAGAAAGAGCUGAAUUUGCUGCAGUCCAACCUGACCGGGGUGAAAUCACGCAUCAACAAGACAUUGCACAGCCAAGGCUGCAAUCAGUGUGUCUUCUUGCAGUCUGAACUGGACAAGUUGUCCCUGGGAACAAGCAUUAAUUUAUCCAGCCUUAGUAAGCUCCAGUCAGCUGUGGACCAGGCUGAGAAGACUGAUCUGAAUACGCAAAUACAGAAAGGGAAAGACUUCUUCGAAAGCAUUCCUGAUAGGGUGGCUGAUGCAACCACAGACAGUGUGAAGCAGGUUGAACAGGACCUUCAAACCAUAAAGAACCAGGUCUCACAGGUAACUAGUGAUAUUCCACUUCAACAAUUGACCGAAUUCUCUAACAGCCUGAGUACUGUACAAGAAGAAACCAAGAACUACACACCCACCAUAGACCUGGCAGAGAAACUCAGGUGGAUUAUUGCAAUAAUCCUGUGCUGUCUCAUUCUGCUGGUGGUGAUGUGUAAUGUGCUGGGAUUGAUGCUUGGCCCGUCAGGACUUGUGCCUAAAAACGAUCCGACUGAUCGCUCUAGCACAGCAAACUGUGGUGGACUGUUCCUCAUGGCGGGUGUUGGCUUCAGCUUUUUAUUCUCUUGGAUCUUCAUGAUAAUAGUCCUGAUCCUUUUCUUAGUAGGGGGCAACAUGUAUACCCUCAUCUGUGUGCCAUGGAAGACCCAGCAACUCUUUCAAAUCAUUGACACUCCAGGUGUGAUUCCAGGAUUCCAGCUGUCUCAAAGCCUAGGACUUAAGACUAACCUUACUAUCACUAAUGUGUAUAAUGACUGCCAAAUGAACAAGUCUUUAUGGAACACCCUCCACCUGGAGGACAUUAUUAACCUCAAUGACUAUCUUAAUGUUUCCAAAUACACAGGACAUGUGCAGGAGGUGCUUCAGAGCAGCAAUAUCACUUUACCCAGCAUCGUUCUGCUCAAUUCUGAGACGAAGAAGCAACUGAGCAGCUUCUCUGCUACAGCCAGCAGUGUGAACGUCAGUAGCAUUAUGCAGAAGGUUACUAUUCCAACAAAUUUUAGUUACCUUGCAGACCAAUUGGAUGCUUUGGUUAAAAAACAGACCAAUGACACUAUUAAAGCUGAACUACAAAAUGAGGCAAAAGACCUGAGAUUCAUCCAGACUCAGAUUAAUUCCACCAUCAAGCCUCAGUUGAUGGAUUUAGCCUCUCAAAUCGAGUUUUUCAGUGACAUAAUGUCACACAUCAAUGGCACUGUGGAGAUUGUUCUGGAGAAAGUCAAUUCUGCUCAGGAUGUUUUGAACAACACAGCACAAACAGUGAAAUCGAAAUUGACUGAAUUUGUAGACUGUCAGAUUGGAGUCUUCACAACGCUUGCUGAAUGGGCCAACCAAACAAUUACUGAAAAGGUGGGACGCUGUGGACCAGUUGCUGUUACUGUCAACACUGUAGAAAAUCUAGUUUGCUCACAGCUUGUGGACUCUCUGAAUGCCUUUUGGUUCAGUUUGGGCUGGUGCAUGGUCUUCCUCAUUCCCAGCAUUAUUUUCUCUGUUAAACUGGCCAAGUUCUACCGUCGGAUGAAAUACAAGGAUGAGUAUCUGGAUAACAUAAUGAUGAAUCCUUUCCCACGAGUCAAUCAAAAACCGUACUGAAUGGAGGAAGAACAUUAACAGUACUGUAUAGUCAAUGUUGCCAUACUAAAGGACCUUGGUAUAGUGUGAGAAGACAUACACUGGAUGCUAGGGCUAAAAACUCAGAGCCUGGAAAUCUUUUGCUUUUGGAUAAAAGGGGGAAAAUUUAUGCUAUUUUGAAUGUGCACAUUCAAGACAUGCUUUAGAGAUUUUACAGUAAGUGAGAUCUCUUGACUCAUGACUAUGAAUGCAUGUGACCUAUCAGACAGAAGCUUCGGAGUUAUUUUUGAUCGCUGCUUUGUAUUUGCACUUUCUCUCUGAGUGAAUUUUUGUGUCUGGAAUGCUUAUUUUAUUUUUUUAUUAUUUAAAAAAAAAAUGUAACCAGUAAUAAAGCACUGCUUUAUGCAGUGCUGUAAUUUCACAUGGUGAUUUAAAAUGUGCCGUCUUAAUAAACCAUACUACUGACAUUGAAA